CGUGGCCCGGAGAGCUUUCGACCUUAAAGCGCUCGCGCCUCCCCGCCUGCUUUCCACCGGAGAGGCAGUGCAAUCCUCGGCAGUGCUCUGAGACUGCACUUUACUACUCCGACCUCUCAUCAAAUGAGCUCAAACCCAGAGCAUGGACAUUUCAGAUUAUAAAUAACGACGACGCUGGAGCUGGAUAUUGACGGGUUUUGCGCGUAAAACAUUUUCCCCGAGAGUUUUCUCAACUGCCUGAUUUAGGGUUUGGAACAGGAAUUAACCAUGGCUUCUGAGAAAGAGAAGAAGAGACAUCCUUCAGAACGACGGAAAGAGAAGUCGCGUGAUGCAGCGCGUUGCAGACGGAGUAAGGAGACGGAGGUGUUCUACGAGUUGGCACAUCAGCUGCCUCUGCCUCAUAGUAUCCGCUCACACCUGGAUAAAGCGUCCAUCAUGAGACUGACCAUCAGCUUCCUCCGUACACGCAAACUUCUCACAUCAGGAUGCUUGAGCAGACAGCUAAAGGACGACCCACAGAUGGACACUCUGUAUCUGAAGUCUCUGCAAGGCUUUGUUGCCGUGGUGACGUCAGAAGGAGACAUGAUCUUCCUCUCAGAGAACAUCAGUAAAUUCAUGGGUCUCUCACAGGUGGAAUUAACAGGACACAGCAUUUAUGAUUUCACACACCCUUGUGAUCAUGAGGAGAUCCGAGAGAACCUCAGUGUCAAAGCAGGGCCGGUGUAUGGCAGGAGACAUAAGGAGUUGAGCACAGAGAGAGAUUUCUUCAUGAGGAUGAAGUGCACUGUCACCAACAGAGGACGCACAGUCAACCUUAAAUCAGCCAGCUGGAAGGUGCUGCACUGCACAGGGCAUUUAAAGGUAUACCCCAGCCGGCCCCCUCAUAUUUUGUGUGGGUUUGCUGAGCCCCCCCUGACUUGCCUGGUAGUGAUGUGUGAGCCCAUCCCUCAUCCAUCCAGUGUGGACACACCAAUUGACUGCAAGACCUUCAUGAGUCGACACAGCAUGGACUUGAAGUUCACCUACUGUGAUGAGAGUGUGAGAAAUCUGAUGGGCUACACACCAGAGGACUUAGUGGGGCGCUCUGUCUAUGACUUCUACCAUGCACUGGACGUGGACACGAUGACUAAGAGCCACCAGAACUUGUGUGCUAAGGGCCAGGUGGUGAGUGGUCACUAUCGAAUGUUGGCUAAGCAUGGUGGUUACGUAUGGGUGGAGACACACGGCACGGUCAUCUAUAACAGCCGCAACUCUCAGCCACAGUGCAUCAUGUGCAUCAACUACGUCUUAAGUGACGUUGAAGAGAAGUCCACUGUGCUCUCCAUGGACCAGAUGGAGUCGUUUUUCAAACCUCGAAACAUGCUGGUCACCAGUGAACUCUUCUGCCAGGGCUCAGAAACAUCUAACAUGCCCUUUACCAAACUCAAGGAGGAACCUGAAGAGGUGCCGCAGCUCGUGCCAACACCAGGAGAAGCGAUCAUUGCCCUGGACUUUGGAAGUCCAGAGUUUGAAGCUCCUGCUACCUUCUACAAAUCUCCUAGUCAGGCUUCAGUCAAUAAGCUGUGGGAAACUGAGUCUCCACAGCAUAGCUCUGACAGGGGCCUGGCCAAAUCUUCAUCCAGCCCAACUACAACCCUGAGCAACAGUGGCAGCUCCACCCCUGAUAGUACAGGAGGAGAUUACUAUGACAGUGAGGAGACUGAGCUGAAGGUUGAGCUGACAGAAGGCUUUUUUGCGCAGGACACUGACAAUGAACAGUGGAACUUCAGUGAUCUGGACUUGGAGACAUUGGCUCCCUACAUCCCCAUGGACGGUGAGGACUUCCAGCUCAACCCCGUUGCUCAGGAUGAGUCCUUACCUGAGUCCAGCUCAAACCUUUGUGCCCAGCCUCAGUAUAAGUUCAGCAAUGUGACGAGCCUCUUCCAGCCUUUGGCCCACCCCACUUCUGAAAACAAGAACUGCCCCAGCUCCUACCCUGAGAUACCACUCGUUCCUGCUUACCAGGCUCCUCCAAGUAUCCCGCACUCGUCCGGAGCAGGCAUGCGCCUUGAUCAGAUUACUCUGGCUAACAGUUUCAAACGCAAGAGACAGGAUGAAUUUGUUUCUUCCUGCUCGUUUCCAGAUAUUCCUCAGUGUAUUAGGCAGGAUGGAAUAAGUCGCAGUGAGUCAGUAGACAACGUGUGGAAGCGAAUGAAGACAGCAAACACAAAUGGGUGUGCCUUUUCUACCAGGAAACCCCCUGAUCCCAUAGACCUCUUCUCAGCUGGGCUAGUAGGCAGGCAUUAUCAGCCUAUUCGUUGUCGGCCUCCUCCAGAUCCCCGGAUCUCUGGAGAGCUCAAACAGCCUUUUACUGAGCGCUUCUGCUCUUCAGCGUACAGUCCAUAUGGCAUGCCACCUUCCAUAAAACUCACAGGGGUUACAAAUCGAUUACUAGGCCCUUCCUUUGACCCCUACUGCCUGGCGGAGCUGACGCAGUAUGACUGUGACGUCAACGUGCCACUGCAGGGAAAUCUUCACCUGCUGCAGGGCAAUGAUCUGCUCAGAGCUUUAGACCAGUCCACGUAGGCUGUGAAAUACUUAAAUUACACCCAGUCUGGGUCUCUCCGUUUAUUCUGUGCCUACUACAUACAUGCCUUUCUUACAAUGGUUGCCUUUCCAAUCACAUAUAUCUACAAUUUCAGAAUAUAGAAUACAAUCUCCAUAACUCAGACACAACUGUUUCAGCUUCAGACAUAUACAUAAGAGCUCUAUGAAAUGUGCAUUUUAUUGUUUAUGUAAGAGUUGUUACUACCUUAUAAGCUGUUAGUACCAGUUAAUAAUGUGUAAACUUUACCUGCUUUUGUUUGGUGUUGCAAUUUAUGCUCACAUUCAGACAUAUUAUACUGAGAGUAAUUUCUUUAAGAUGGUAUAGUUUAAUAUUGGUAUUACUGGUGCAAUUUUCUCAUUUCUCUUUUACAUAUAUAUGAAAUGUAUUAUAUGGUCUCAAGUCAGUUUGGAUGUUGCAAAGAAAAAUGCAGUUUUUUAAUAGUAACUAAAACAUUUUCGUUUAGGGUUUGGGGUAAAAUAAAAAUGCAUGGAAAUUCAAAUCAUGAAUGUGUUUUGCAAUUUGGAUAAUUUGUAAAAUACCCUUUUCUUGCUUCUUUUUUGUUUCAGUCUCUCUUUCAGUCUCCCCAAUCUACCCGAACAACUGUGAUGCUAUAUGUUGCAUUUCUCUCCUCUACAUCAUGUGAAGCACUUUAUUUAAAGAACAUUAAAUGGACCCUUUUUUUGCAUAGACCAAAUACAAGAGAAUGUAAUAUUACUUUUGCAUGUGGUGCUUUUAGUUCUUAGCAUCUAGUCAACCACAUCCAACUUUAACCAGUACCAACCAACUCUUCAUAAUUUUCUGUCUUAUCCUUCCCACCAGUAUCACCAGCACGUUAUGCUAGCAGCAGUGGUUAAGUUAAAGUUAUAUAUUCUCAUAUAGAUAUGUGCAGUGUCUAUAGGUGGUGCUGAUCAGUGCCUCGGUACCUUAUCUUGUGUACUCUAGUAGAAACUGUAGCUUUUCUUUUUUUGCAUUCUUAAUGCAGUUUAAAGUUAUAUGUAUGAUUGUUUUUUUGCAGCUCAAGCUAAUGUAUAUAACCUCCAUUUGAUACUAUGGAGCUCUUAUGUUUCAUUAGUGGACAUCUAGAACGAUUUCUGUCUAAGACUGUCAGUGUUUUUCAAAGGAAGGGUGAUUAUAAACAUGCACAAAAUGUUGGCAUAUAGUAAUAAUACUUGUUUUUAACUGUUUCACUCAAACUAUGUAGCAGUUCGAAAUUAUUCAAGAUUCAUCAUGAAAUAUAACUGAACAUGUAUUUAACACAUGGCCUUGUAAGCUAUAUUAACUCAUGCACAUUUUAAUGAUGAACCAUAGUACCUGGUCAGUAUUUAUUUUUCUAAUGAUCCUCGUAUUUCUGAGAAAGCCUUACUUAAAUGUUGCUGAUGUUCACAUUACACAGUAACAUAAAUCUAUGCGCUAUAUAUAUAUAUAUAUAUAUAUAUAUAUAUAUAUAUAUAUAUAUAUAUAUAUAUACACCUAUUCAGAUUACAGUUACUGUCAUGUAUUACUUUAAAACAUUUUUUGACAUAAAUGAAUGGUAGUUCAUUAAUUUGUAAUUUAUUAAGUGUGUCCAUAAACUGCAUAUUUGCUGUCUCAAUACAAUUUAUGACUUACAUAACUAGCUCUGAGUUUAGGAUGGACAGGGUAAACCAAUUGCUAAGUGAAAAUGUUUAACUUACAAUGCAAUGUUACAUAACUGUUCUCUGAAGGGAGAUCCACUGGUUUAUUUUUUUUCUUUUGUUAAGUCAGGAAGCCUAAGAUACUGAAAAAAAUGUAUCUAACUUUAUGUGAUAUUAUGAAUUGCCUACAUAUCAAGAUGUUACUUUCAUGUUUCUUUUACUCCAUGUAAAGAAGCACUUUGUUGGGCUCUUUUUGGUAAUAAAAGGAGUAGUCAAUAAAA